AUGACAGGUUUCGGUUUCAACACUAAGACCCCGGCCGCAUACCAAAGUGUAAACUCGGAGGAAGAACCUUUAAGUACGAAUGAAUACGAGCAAGAAGAAAAUCAAGUCCAAGAGAUCAUACCUUGCCCAUCAAAAGAACUCACACAAACUUGGGCAAAUGGUUUACGAGGCCUGGCGGCUUUCUGUAUCAUGAUUCAUCAUUCUAUAGUCGCUUUCAAUUCUGAAGCUACUCUAAAUACCAAAGACCCUGAUGGCACCGUACAUUUUUGGCAGUGGCCUAUCUUACGUGCAGUUAUAUCUCCUACGUUCUUGGUUAAUGUAUUCUUCGUUUUGUCAGGUUAUGUGUUAUCUUAUCGAACUCUCUAUCGGGUCGGUCAAGGGCAUCUAGAGGCGGGACCUGUUCAAAGUUCAUUGGCAUCGGCUUCUUUACGACGAAUAUUUAGAUUAUUACCUCCCCCAGUGACCUCAAUUGCGAUCUCACAUAUUAUCUUAUUGAGUGGAGGUUUUGAUUUGACAAGGGCUAAGAAAGUGUGUAGUUGGUGGGGGCCUGCAUAUACUCCACGUUGGAUCACCUCCAAUUGGCUCGAGCAAACUUUAGAAAGUUUGAAAAGCAUGGCAGUUAUAUGGUACCGAACGGAAACUGAAUCUCAAUAUAACAAUGUCUUGUGGACAAUGCCUGAAGAGUUACGAGGUUCUAUGAACGUCUUUUUAUUUCUAUUGGCAACAUCAAGUUUAAAACGUCGAUUCCGAGCUAUGUUGGCUGUUGGACUAGGUCUUGUGAACCUCUUCAUGAAAGAAAUGUCAAUCUUACCAUUCAUCUCAGGCAUUCUCAUCGCCGAACUUCAGGUCUCGCAAUCCGAACGCAUACCAUUCUUCGAAAUGAAAUCUUCUUCCUGGUCACUCUGGAUGUUUCGAGUCAUGUCAAGGUUUUAUAAUAAGGAUGAUUUUCAAGAAUAUCGAGUAAAGACAUUAUACUACAUCAUGGGCGGUACUCUUACUGUUCUCUCAAUAUCACAAUGCACUACUGCCAAACGAAUUCUUUCCACUAGACCACUUCAAUUUUUAGGUAGAAUCUCUUUUUCAUUAUAUGUGAUCCAUGUUCCACUCUUACUCAGUCUUGGAGUAUCUCUAGUUUCAAAUUUUCGAGAUUUGGGGGUUUCAAACACUUUUUCAAUCUUCCUCAUGUUACCUUUUUGGGUUGGAUUGGUCAUCAUGUUCAGUUGGCUCAUGACAAGGUUUGUAGACGAGAAGGCCAUCGCAUUUAGCCGGGCAUUGGAACGGUAUUGGAGUGUAUAG